CUUCAUAUAUGCNAAAUUGCUAAAGAUGAGUGGAUGGUCUUUCUUUGGGAUGGAACUGAUGCCCCACCUAUCAGUAUUCAUAGAAAGCUGGAAGAUGAAAUGCAUAACCAGCUGCCUUUACAUUUGGAACCGUUGCCUUUAUCAAGAGAUGUGCUAUGUACAUUUCCUACCGUUGGAACUAUCUUAAGGGUGACCAUUGAUGAAAACUGCAGAAAGUAUAUUCUUCAGUUGCUGAAAAUUGGUCAAUGGGUGAAACUUUUUAAUGUGCCAUGCAAAGCGCGUGAAGGAUUAUGGUAUGGUGUGUUGACACCAUCUACAAAAAUCCAAGAUAUGCCAAAUGAGGAUAUGCUCAUAUCUGAGCAUCAGAGCAAUUAUGAUCACCGAUUAUCAUGCAAACUGGAGCGGAUGCCAUACUGGAGCUUUCCAUGGCCGUCAAGAAUCACAGAGGUUAACUGCGAUGAUGUGCCAUUUGCUACAUUGAUGGAUAUUCUCACUUGUCGAAAGGUAUCACACCCUUGAGCAUCUUUUGACCAUACGGAGAUGGGUAUUUUGUUAAAAGAAGUAGAAUGUACCAAAUGACCUGGUAACUAUAUGGAAAUCAAAACAAUUAUGUUCAUUGUUUAACUUAUUAGGUUGGUGAUGGCUUACUAUUUGAUUGAAGAUUCUUCUUUCUUUUCUUCCCUCCAUCUUUGAAAAUGAGGUACUUUUAUAUUUUGGGCGUUUAUAUUUAUGAUUCUGUUUAGUAUUUUCAAACCCUACAUCUAAAUAUUUGGAUGUCAACCAAUUCCUUAGAAGAACCUUUAAUAUCUUUCAAUAUUGUCAUUUCUUUAGAAAGCAAUAGAGUAAUUACCAAACCCUCUUGAAAACACCCAGAAAUAGUUGCCCCUGGAUCCAACCCAAGCCAAUUUCAUAUUUUACUUUUGCAUGGGACCCAUUUCGACCAGCUGGAAAAUGCCAAAGGGACCACAUAAUGCCCAAAAUACCCUCAGACACCUUUGAAACCCUUUUGAAUCAUCCACAACCUCUUUUCUUCACUCACACACGACCUACAUUAUGGGUCUUUCAAGAUUUGUAGGGGGGCUUGAGUUUGUUCUGAAUUAGUUGAUAUUUGAAACUUUUGGCUGCAAUAAUUGGUUUUGGUUUGGUGAGUGUACGGAUUUUUGGGUGUAUGCAGUUUUUGCAGUUUAAUGCCUGUAGUAGGUGGCAGUUGAUUCCAACUGGCAGUGGGUGGCAGGAUGGUCUGAGUGGUUUGAGCCCUGUUGUAUACUGUCUUUGUGAUGGCAGAGAUAGUUUUCUUCUUUGUUGUUUGCAAUUGUAUAUAAUUUUCCUUUUUCUUUCUUCUUUCUAUAUUUUUUUAUUAAAAAAAAAUAAUUCUGACCCAUUCUUUUGGGUACUAUCCUCUACUUUUGUCUUGAUGUCUUGGUAUAUAUAGGAAGCUGAUUGGUGAAUCUGCGGUCUGAUUGGUUGCUAUACCUAAUAGAGUCUGCUAAGCACCAUCUUAAGUAGAGAGGACUGAGCUCUAGAUGGUUUUACCUUUUUUUAUCUUUUUUGUAGAAGGGGAAGUGGAAGAAGGCACCUGUCAUGACAGAGUUGUGGCAAGGCCUUGAAAACUUGAGCAGGGAUCCAUAUCCUCCCCUGCUCCAUUGGUCUUUAUGUAUAUAAAGUAGCCGAUGGUCUCAGGAAGGAAGUGUUGAAUUGGGUCAAAAGUGGGGUAGAUUUAGCAUGUUUCCAGAAAGGGGAUGGUUAUAUUUAAACAUGAAAGCUAUGGAAGCAUAAAUCCUGAGAAUAUUGUUUAACAUUUUGCUUGGUAACCUUACAGGUAAGAAAGAAAUUUAGGUGUGUAGUACGGUUUGUAGCGGCAAUUCCAUGGCGAGUUGAGGAUUUCUGCUCUCCCCGUGGAACUUAUAGGGUUAGGUUCACUGUAGAAGAUCCAACUGCCAGAAUUCAUGCUUUUGC